AAUUGUUUAAUUAUUACAAAAGUCUUUUUUUGGUCUUUCUUCAAAUCUAUAAGCUCGUGAAGGUUUCGAGUAAGAUCUAUUAGCUAACCGGUGAAGAUAUCUACCAUGACGAGACGACGCCAUGGCUGGCAAAGACCCUUUCACUCAUUACAGAUCGUAGGAGCUGUUAUCUUUAGUGUUCUGGUCGCAUCUUUCUAUGUCUUCCUCGGCUUCUUCCUUGGGAAUCGAAUAGCUAUCAUCACGCUUCUUUCACUCUUCUCUUUUGUGGUGGGUUCGGUUAUAGUUCUGUUCGUAAGGUGCACAGCGAUUGAUCCUACGGAUAAGACUAGUGCUAAGAAGAAGAGAAGGGCGAAAUCAAAAGGAGUGCUGAUGAAGCUGAGAGUCAAGGUUGUUUUGAGCCAAGUCGUUGUGAGGUUUUUCAGGAGGUUAGAGAGGAAGAUCUUGAGGAACUUUAUAAGAAGGACGUAUCUGGAUCCGUGGAAGAGCAGCGUGCAGCUUGAACCGCUUCUUCCUUUUCCACUUGUCAUGAAAGAUGAUGCUGUUACACCGGACCCUAAAGAGGAGGAAGAUGAUAUCUCUUACUGCUCACUUUGUGAUUUAGAGGUUAAACGCAGCAGUAAGCAUUGCAGGACAUGUAACCGGUGUGUUGAAGGGUUUGAUCAUCAUUGCAGUUGGCUUAACAACUGCGUUGGGAAAAGGAAUUACACCACUUUCAUACUCCUGAUGGUUUUCGUCUUGCUCAUGCUAAUGGUUGAAGGAGGAACAGCUGUUGCUGUAUUUGUUAGAUGUUUUGUGGAUAAGAAAGGGAUCGAAACCGAAUUGAAGAGAAAGCUACAUGUAGAGUUCCCUAGAUGGGUUCUUGCUACAAUAUCUGUUGUGCUGGUUUUGUUAACGGCCUAUGGCUCGGCAGCUAUGGGGCAGCUUUUCCUCUUCCAUGUGGUUCUCAUAAGAAAGGGGAUGAGAACAUAUGACUAUAUAUUAGCAAUGAGGGAGGAGAAUCAAUUUACAGAAGUGGACCCUUUUGAUGAACUGGAUUCAUCUUCAGAUGAAAGCUCAGAUUUUGAUUCACCUGAAAGACCAAGACAAACAUUAAUCUCCAAGUUCAUGUGCAGGAAAACUAAUGAGAAUCAUCAGAGGAGACUAUCAAUAAAAGUAGAAGGAGAUGGGCGUUCACCUUCUUCCACGCUGACCAACAAGAAACCAGGCUUUCAUGUAACCAUAAACCCAUGGAAGCUGAUCACUCUAAGCAGUGAAAAGGCGCUACAAGCAGCUGAGAAAGCAAGGGAGAGACUGAGGAUGACUAAACCGGUUUCAGAGUCUGGAGAAGAUUCGCUUAAGCCACUUCCACUAGAGACGAAGUUUGGACUUUUGUUAGAUCCAGACAAUAACAACAGUGCGUUACAACAACCAUCAAUACCUGAAGCAGUUAAACUUCAUGUCUCACCAGGGAAGUUCUCUAGCCCAAGAAGAAGGUUCUCAGGCUCUUCUUCUUCUUCUACCUUUGUGCCAUCUCCCAAACAAAAAUACAGGAGUAACUUUGACUUGAAGCUAACUGAAGUAUCUAAGGAGCUUGAAAGUUACAUCUCAAGACAAGUUCUGUGUUCUGUGAUAAAGCAAGAUGGAAGUGAAGCAUCACCAAGAUGAAGAAGAAGAAAAAAAGACAAAAUGUUGGUUCUGGUUGUUGUUGAUUACAUGUUUUAUUGGUUGUCGUUCUCAGUCUCUGAGAAAUAUUUAAGAUCUGAUUAAACUAUUGCAUCGUCUUGUUCAACAUUUAUAGAGUGUAUAUAUACGUUUAUGAGAUGCAAAACAAUGGUUGUUUCCUUGUUUGAAGCUCAUUUAUAUAAUACUAGCAUCGGUCCACCCUACGGGCGGGUUAUUAAUUUUGAAAUAAUAUAUGUAAUCAGCUAUACAGUUUUCUGGA